CAACGCUUCGUGGAACUUUGUAAUCCAUUUUUUAGAGCAUGGAAGAGUACAUACAGUACCGGUAGUGCAAGUUGGCUGCAAGUGACCGGGUCGUAAGUCAACUUUAUUAGGUGGAACAGCGCCCUUGGAGAGACUAAGCAGCAUGUCAAAGUAUCCCUGCGUGCAUACGUAGCCUAAGAAAGGAGGUAGGCGAACCCUACAAUGCUCCCUCGACUCAGGCUGUGGUGCUUCGCGCGAUCCUUGCGCGCCCAGACCGCUGGUAUAAAUCAAUCCACAUCCAAUUGUAGCGACGUAGACAACCAUGGCGUUUCGGAUUGCAAGCUUGAACGGGAAGUCCUCCCGAUCCUCUGGACCUUUACUGCACGAACAAAUGUUUGGGCAUGGAUUGGAGGUGGCCUUUUACAUCAAGCUUUCAACUAUGUACCUGCGAGGGGUUUGGCGGGAGUGGCCAGCAGCCCUAGCCGAACUUUACAGAGCAGCAUCCGGACCCGGGCUGACACAACGUUUGCUGAGUUCAGCAGAGCUGUCAAGCUGCCCACCCGUAAUGCUGACGACCUCCACCGCACCCUAGACAAGCUCUCAGCCGCCUACCUGCCGCUUGUGCCCCGCCUGACGGAAGCCCACCACUGCACCAUUCCGCUGUGGGCGUGCGCCAAGGCGGGCUAUUGGGAGGGGCCCCUAGUGACGGCGUUGCUAGAGCGGCUGGGGCAGGAUGGUGGAAAGCUGCUGGGACAGGCUACAGGGCAAAACCAUGCCAACCUAUGGUGGUCAAUAUCCAAGGCGCCGCGGAAUGUAGUGAUGGCUGCGGACGGGCCGCUACAUGCAAGUGCUGCUUCCAUCCUUCGGAUGUCAGCCUACCAGUUCAGCUCCCAGGACUGCUCAAACAUCCUGCUGGCGUGUGCGCGGUUGCAGCGCUGCCACACACCCCUGCUGCACCACCUGACCGCCUGCCUGGUCGUCAACCAGUCUGAAGCCGCUUGCCAGGCCCUGGCCAAUUCGUUCUACGCGCUGGGUGAGCUGGCUGAGGACUGCGGCCACAAACCCCAGGAGCAGGACCUGCAGAAUCUGGCUGGUGCCAUGCUAGCACGGCUGCAAAGCACGCCUGGGCAACGGCCGCAAGGGCAGGACAAGGCACUGAAGCAGGAUCAGGUUUUUAAUCCACAACAGCUCGCCAACGUGCUCUUGGGGUGCGUCAAGCUUGGUUCCAAGGACACCAGUUUGUUGCGGCCUCUGGCGGCUGCUGCGGGCCAGGCUGCAGGGUCCAUGACGGAGCAAAGCCUCUCCAUCUCCCUGUACGCUCUGGCAGUGCUGGGGUGCUCGGGAGGGGAGUACAGCAUUGCAGUGCGGCAGCUGUGUUCAGAGGUGCAUAGACGCUUGCGGUGCCGGUUUGCUCGGUUGUUCGUUCCUCAGAGUCUGUCCAACAUCCUGUGGGCCCUGGAGCGGCUGCGGCCAGAUGACAAGGAGGCGCUAAUGGAGGCCCUGGCAGCCGAGUGCAGGCGCCGCCAGUUCGCUGGCUUCAAACCUCAGGAGCUCAGCAACGCCGCAUGGGCCCUAGCCAAGAUGGGUUACAGUGUAGGUCCUACACGCAAUAGGCGCGAGCACGACUGGUACAAGGCUGCAGCAGAGGCCGCGAGUAAGCCGGCUGUGAUGAAAGGCGCCAGGGCCCAGUCUUGGUCCAAUCUUUGGUACGCACUUGCACUGGUGCGGCAUCACCCGGGACCUGGUCUGCUGCUGGCCAUGCAAGCCGACAUGCACCAGAAUGCCCUCCGUAGCAGCGCAGGCUUCCAGGAGUGCGCCAACCUGCUGUGGUCCCUGGCCUCUUUGGGCCUGUACGAUCAGCGACUGGUGGAUGCGCUGGGAGAACGGAUGGGGGAGCUGCUGGGGCGGCAGCAGGGGGACAAGGGAGGGAAGGGGCCCACCAACCAGGAGCUUGCCAACAGCCUGUGGGCGCUUGCAGUGAUGGGUCCUGACGUGCUGUCCCGCCACAGCGGGCUGGUGGAGGGGCUGCUGAGGGAGGUGGUGCGGAGGUGGGAGCAGCAGGGGAGCGUUGGCUUUGAAAGGGAGGAACUGGCCCAGUUGUGGCAGGUGCAGCAGGAGCUGGAGCACUUGCAAAGAAUCAACAAGAGCCAGUUGCAUGCAGUUCUUGCAGCCGGUGUUCAGGGGGCGGGUUCAUUGCUUCGUGCCAUGGAGCAGGCCGUUAAGGCUGCACGCACAGCACACGCCUUAGCUACUACACAAUUAGAGGCGCAAGUGGUGCAGGCCGUUGCACGUCUCAAACAGCUGUUGGCAAGCGGCCUGGGGCUGUUGGGACCUAAUGCUAACCCUGUGAGCGGCAGCAGCUGCCCUGCUGGCCCCGCUAUCCUGGCUAUGCUGCCGGAGCAUCGUGUGGAUGGAGUCUGCGGAACUGUAGACAUCGUGCUGGAGUUGGCGGGAGGGAGGCGGGUGGCGGUGGAGGUGGACGGGCCUUGGCACUUCCUGGCCAACCACCCGCACACGCGCACCAAGGAUGGCUCCACCCAGCUGCGGGACAGGCAUUUGGAGCGGGUGUUUGGGGCGGGGAACGUGGUGAGCGUGCCGUACUGGGAGUGGAACGAGCUGAAAGGGGCAGAGGCCCGAGAGCAGUACUUGUGCAACCUGCUGGGCCUUGCGCUGUCGGGGAACGGCAGUCUUGCGGUAGACCCAGGUCACAAGGAGCUGCCAUAAGUAACGCAUCAAGCCGAGGGAGGUCGUUGCUAUUUGCACCAUGUACCGGUAUACAAUCAUAAGUGUUAGUCACGCCGUGCCGUGCAUGACAUGUGCUACAUGCUUCCAUUGCAUUUGGUACCAAACGUGCUCAUUUGCAUCAUUUGGCUGCUAUGAACUGUGGACGUGCACGGCAUGAGUAGCUGCUGGUCGUUACGUUGUUGGUGUAGUUACGUGGAAGGGAGGCGGUAGGAUCAUAGGCACAAACAAGAUGUUAGUGUUCGAAAUUGCUGCACCCUAGUUGUCGUCAUACUAGAACCUGCCUAAAUGCCCCCUCUAUCGUUAACGUGGGCGAGGUCAGCUGGGAUCAUGUGUUUUAUAGAGGUAAUAAUGAUGUACGAGCAAUCUACUGGACACGUCACACGAGAAAGGUUGUUUCCUUUAAGCUGCGUGCACACUUUAGGUCGCGGCCUGUCUUCUUAACACUUCAGGUCUGAGAUGUACAAGACGAGUAAGCGAUGCUAGUGCUGGUCAUUUACUCAUGUAAAUGUGCGUGUAUGGCACAAAGUGACACAUACACUGUUAAGACUCUAGGUCAACACUUCAGGUCUGAGAUGUACAAGACGAGUAAGCGAUGCUAGUGCUGGUCAUUUACUCAUGUAAAUGUGCGUGUAUGGCACAAAGUGACACAUACACUGUUAAGACUCUAGGUCAGUUCAGUACACCAAGACCCAACCCCCCUGCCAG